AAUGUAACCGUGUUGAUUUUAGUUUGCAAAUAAUUACAACAAGAUUGCUCCAUUAAAUUAUUAUGAAAAUCAUGUGGAAAAUUAAUUAAAUUAUUCAAGGUUGAUAAAUGUUUUGUUUGUGUAUUUUCUCGUUUAAUUUUCACUAAAAAGAAUACACAAUAUUCAUGGAUGAUGUGGAGAAGACGAUUUUGUUUAUGAAUCGUGUAAACAAAGUGUUGCCAUUGUUGUUGAUAGCGCCGCCUGGACCGUUGACUACACUCGCACUGCUGUCAACUACAUGAUUCGGAGUAUUUGUACGUUUGCGACAAUAGACAAUUUACCCAAAUACAAAAUAUGCAUCAUCACCAUAACCUUUAAAUUGUUUCAGUGUAAAUUUGAUAUUGCCGAAAACUUUAUCACAAGAUUUUUUCUCCGAAAUUCAGUGCUUGUACAACAUAAAUAAAUUUAAACAACAAAAUCACAUUCAAAUAUUAAGCUGGGCUUAUUUUCUAUCGUUUGAGAACCUAGAUCCGAAAAUGUCGGCAAACCACGAAAACAGCAAAGAGAAAGUGGAAGGUUCGGUUGCAGCUGAGAAAGCGGCUAACGAUGCCAACAAAGAAGAGGAAAAAUCAGAUUUGUCUGAUGAGGAUAAGCAACUGCAAGAGGAGCUGAGAAUGUUGGUGGAACGAUUACAAGAACCAAAAACGGAAUUGUAUUUACCAGCAUUGGAAACGAUGCGCAGUUUGAUCCGAGCAUCGACCACAUCGAUGACAUCGGUGCCGAAACCAUUGAAAUUCAUGCGACCGUACUACGAGCCAAUGAAAGAGGUCUAUAAACAUAUGCCAGACAUAGUAACACGUCAAACGUGUGCCGACAUUAUCUCAGUGCUGGCAAUGACCAUGGGAACGGGAAAAGAAUGUUUGGUGUAUCGAUUUUUGUGUGAUCAAAAUGAUCGCAUCGGUGACUGGGGCCACGAGUACGUGCGUCAUUUAUCAGGCCAAAUAUCCACGCAUUGGAAUGAAACGUCAGGCAAUUUCCGGAAUCGCUUGAUUGAUUUGGUCAAACAAAUCGUUCCGUACAACAUGGCACACAAUGCCGAAGCUGAAGCAUGUGAUUCGCUCAUCGAAAUCGAGCGCCUUGAUCUACUAGAGGAUUAUGUUGAUGAAAGCUCAUACGAACGGGUUUGCUUGUAUCUUCAAGGCUGUGUUCCAUACGUUGCCGAUCCAGAAAAUGUCACGCUGUUGCGCACCGCUUUGAAUUUGUCGCGCAAAUUUAAUCAGUACACGCAGGCAAUGCGAUUGGCAUUGAUGCUUAACGAUAUGACAUUGAUCCGGCAAAUUUUCACCGAGUGCAAAGAUUCGGCCAUCCAAAAGCAAUUGGCUUACAUGUUGGGUCGGCAACAGAUUUGCUUGGAAAUCCGUGAAAACGGCGACGGAAGCACUGAUGAUGAAGAACUUAUGGAAAUCAUGUCCAAUUCUCAUUUGAACACGCAUUUCUUGAACUUGGCUCGUGAAUUGGAUAUUAUGGAACCGAAAACACCGGAAGAUGUGUAUAAAUCACAUUUGGAGAAUUCACGCACCACGUUUGGCUCAUCACAGGUCGAUUCAGCCCGACAAAAUCUAGCCGCCAGUUUUGUGAAUGGUUUCGUUAACGCUGGCUUCGGUCAAGACAAACUACUGAUGGAAGAUGGCAAUAAAUGGCUGUAUAAGAACAAAGAGCAUGGAAUGAUGAGUGCAACUGCAUCUCUUGGAUUGAUUUUAUUGUGGGAUGUCGAUGGUGGCUUAACUCCAAUUGAUAAGUAUCUGUAUUCAGCCGAAGAUCAUAUCAAAUCAGGUGCUUUGCUUGCCUGCGGUAUUGUAAACUGCGGCGUUCGUAAUGAAGUCGAUCCCGCUCUUGCUUUGCUCACUGACUACGUUCAUCAUACGAACAGUACGAUGCGUAUCGGUGCCAUUUUGGGACUGGGUCUGGCCUACGCUGGAUCAAAUCGUUCAGCUGUUAUCGAACUCUUGACUCCAGUUCUUGCAGGUGAAAAGAAAGUGGCCCCAACUCCCGAAGUGUUGGGAAUCACCGCACUGUCGCUUGGAAUGAUUGCCGUCGGCUCAUGUAAUGCUGAGGUGACUGGAACUUUAUUGCAAGUUAUUAUGGAGCGUAGUGAGUCGGAAUUGAAGGAUACAUAUGCCAGAUUUUUACCACUCGGUCUGGGCUUGGUGUAUUUGGCACGUCAAGAAGCUGCUGAGGCUGUUAUCGCUGCUCUUGAAGUCAUUUCAGAGCCAUUCCGAUCAAUGGCAACCACAAUGGUAGAAAUUUGUGCGUAUGCCGGCACCGGAAACGUCUUAAAGGUACAGCAACUACUCCACAUUUGCUCGGAGCAUUAUGAAAAUACCAAUGAGAAAUCUGAUGAUUCGAAAGAUAAAAAAGAUAAGGACAAGGAUAAGGAUAAGGAAGCAGCCGCUCAAAAGGAGAAAGAAGACCGAGAGAAGGACCUUUCAUCUACACAGGCAAUUGCUGUUAUUGGUAUUGCAUUGAUUGCAAUGGGCGAAGAAAUUGGCGCUGAAAUGGCAUUCCGUUCAUUUGGAAAUCUUCUUCGCUACUGUGAGCCAGUCAUCCGUCGAUCAGUGCCGCUCGCUCUUGGUUUGCUGUCGGUUUCGAAUCCAAAACUCAAUAUCUUAGAUACAUUGAGUAAAUUUUCCCAUGACAGCGAUGCCGAAGUCGCCCACAAUUCAAUCUUUGCCAUGGGCUUAGUCGGAGCUGGUACGAACAAUGCACGUUUGGCAUCAAUGUUACGACAGUUAGCACAGUAUCACGCGAAAGAUCCAAAUAAUCUGUUUAUGGUGCGAAUCGCACAAGGUUUAACACAUCUUGGCAAAGGAACACUUACUCUCAGUCCAUACCACAGCGAUCGUCAGCUCAUGUGUCCGGUUGCUGUGGCAGGUUUGCUGGCAACACUCGUCUCAUUCUUAGACGUUAAAAACAUAAUUUUGGGCCGUUCGCAUUAUUUGUUGUAUACGCUGGCAACAGCCAUGCAACCACGUAUGUUGAUCACAUUCGAUGAGGAUUUGAACCCAUUGACUGUUCCGGUACGCGUUGGUAUUGCGGUUGAUGUCGUUGGACAGGCUGGUAAACCCAAAACGAUCACUGGCUUCCAAACUCACACUACACCCGUUCUAUUAGCAAUGGGCGAACGCGCUGAACUUGCUACCGAAGAAUAUAUCUCGCUAACACCAAUCAUGGAAGGCUUCGUGGUCCUUCGCAAAAAUCCCAAUUACACGGCAUAAAUAGCAGCAUGAUAGCGUUUAACGAAUUGAAUCCGUGUUCUAAUUAUGUUAAUUCGAGCGAUUAUUAAUCCUACUUUUUUCAUGUAAAACAAACAUUAAGUUGUGCAUUCAAAAAUAAAACCCAAACAUUUAAUUAAAGAA